AUGUCGGCCUCGACUCAAGAAGUACUAUGGCUCCAGUCCCUCUGGGACGACCCGACGCUUGAUGGCCAACCGCUGACGGACUGGCAUACGAUACGCACCAAGCACCUCGGUGGCGAUGAUCCAAGCUUGUCGAUGCUUCUCGCCGCUUAUCGUGUGAAUAUCGUCAAGUUUGAACAGAGUAUCACGAGCAUCCUCCGUGAACCUCGACCCGACACAGCUACGUUGACCGCGAAUGCGGAUGAAACGCUACGCAGGAGCGCUUCCCUGCUCCAAGGACUCAAGUCGCUGCAGCUGACCAGAGACCCAGGCACAAUCCAAAUCGAGGCUUUUCAUCAACUGGAACAAGGCGCAAGAUAUUUGAAGUGGAUGCUCGAAACGAAAGAAGCUUCCGAUGCCAAGAAUCACAAGGUUGACAAAUACUCUCGUCGGGAGGAUAGAAGGCUAAUCCAGGGACUCGUCAAGGCGGCCAGUGAGCACGCCACUUGUUUGAUCACCAAUGCAGGUUUGACCGAGACUGAAGAGUGGACAGAGUGGUCGAAUAAGGCAAAGGCAUGGCGGCGUCAGGCUUCGGACGUUGAUGAGUGA